CACGCGGCAAGGAAGUUCGAGCGCCCGCUGCAGGCGGCCAUGGAAUUGGCGGCGUUUUAUGGGAGUGUCAGGAUUGAAAUCGUCAAAGUUGAAAUGAUUUGUCAUGCAUAAAAUGCGACGCAAAAAGUGAGUCUAUUGCAGAGGACGCACGGGAGGCAGAUUAUAGUCCUAGUAAGCGUCAAAAGGUGGACCUCUGACUAGCAUGACAGAAGGCAGCUCUUUUGCCCUAAACCGCAUGACAGACUCGCUUCCAGGACCACGGGGAAACUUUGUCAUGCGCCAACUACAAACUGUAGGGCUAACUGGCAUCGAUUGUUUGCAUCACAAAUUAUUUCAACUCUGACGAUUUCGAUCCUGACACUUCCAUACGUUUGACGGAAACGAUAAUUCGUUUCGUUACUUGGCGAAAUUAUUGACGAAAACCGACCUUGUCGACGGACUGCGCAUAUCCAGUGCAAAAGUAAUCGUAUUCGUGUUGCAAUCAUGCGUUACAAAUCUUUUUUUUAAGGGAAACCAGCAUCACAAAUUUUAUUUAUCACGCUGAGGAAACUUGUAAUGCAUUCAUACGAGUACGAUGCUUUUGCAAUGCAUAGCGCAAGCCCGGGGAGAGAGUCUUGGUUUGGGACGCGAAAUACGACCCGAGUGUGUGGGACAGGAAAAACAACGAGGAGAGAGUUGGGGCAAGGAAUAAUGCUGCUGAUAGAGUCGCACGCACAAGCACAAGUGGAGC